GUGGACCUCUGUUGGGUAAUGCUAAUAAGAGAAGGCGGUCGUUACUUCAGCAUUUAACACAAGAUAAUGGUCUCACUCAGGCAUCAAAUGGUAGCAGUAGCUGCCAUAGUGGUGGGUGCUGUACCCGUGGUUAGUCAGGAUUUAAAUUUGCCCGUGGAGCAGGUGGGCGUGGAUGUGGGCAUGAUGGUGGGUCAGGUAGUGGAGCACCAUCUCACCGGGUGUCACCUGGUGCUCAUCACCACUACACAACACUCACACACAUUCUCCAAUAUAAUUAGACAAUUCAGUGAGGAUGUAGAAGCUGGCAUGGUAGUGGAUGCAGGGUGGGCGUUCUCUCAGAACCAGCUGACCCAGGACAACCUCGUGCAGGGGCUGUGGGGAGACUCUAGAACUACCUGUCGGGGACUCAUCCUUGACCUCACCAUUAGCAACAGUAUUGACGUCGCCUUCAGGUUUUUGGAGUCAGCAAAGUUGUGGAAGCACUCUGAGACGCGGGUGGUGGUGGUGGGUGGGACGGCAGGAGUGAAGGACGUCCUCCUCCACCAUAGUCUCCGUAACACUGUCCACGCCCUCUACUUGGCCCUCCACGAUCUCACCCUCCACACCUCAGCACACCUUGGCAAAUUAGGGCUCAGGACAGUUUUACCCCAGGAAGAUUCAUUGAGUGAGCGUGUGCUGCUGUACCGGCGGUGUUUGUACUGUAACAACGGGCAGGCAGACGUCCAACUUAUUCUGCAGAAAACUCUCUCUCAAGGACUCUUCCAAGAUCAGUUCCAGAAUUUCAGAGGUCAUAGGUUGCGGAUUGUGACUGUGCCGUACUUCCCUUACAUGGAUUACGUAAGGAGACGUGAUGUACGGGGAGGCAUAGUUGAGCCCAGAGACUCUCUAGACAUUAGGAUCAUCACCAGUUUCUCCCAUGUACUAAACUUUACAAUUGACUUAUUCGCUGAGCCUGACCGUUCUUUCGGUGACGAGAGGGAUGGUAAUUUUAGCGGGAUGAUUGGUCAACUUCAGCGAGAGGAAACCGAUUUCAGCACCAUUGUGGCGCCAACAACGGGACGCCUUAAAGUUGUAGAGUACCUUCGAGCGUACCCAUCAGAUGUGAUGGCUGUGACCUCUCUGAAGCCCUCACUACUACCAGCCCACCUGUCCUUGAUAAGACCUUUCUCAGGAGACCUCUGGUUUGCACUGCUGUGGAGCGUUGUUGCAUGGGGCGUUCUUAUGUGGGUAUUGCAGAGGGUGUGGCAGUUGGUAGCAGGAGGUCGCAGCGUCAAGUUCAACACUGCACUCCUGUAUGGCUGGGGCGCCCUCCUUGAGCAGCCACCCCGUGACCCCUCAGUUAGUGCCUCAGGCCAGAUGUUGGUUGGGUGGUGGCUGGUAUUUUGCCUGGUCAUCGCUACAGGGUUCCGUUCCUCACUGAUCGCUCACCUGACGGUCCAGGGGAAAUCAUCAAGCUUAGAUUACUUCGAGGAUCUAGUGUCUCAGGGUAACUGGAGAUGGGCCACAGAACCAUGGCUCUACAAGGGAGCAGCUUAUGAAUAUUUCGCCAAACACACCGACCCUGUGGUGAACCAGAUAUUCAAAGGAAUGGAGGUGAUGGAAGCGGAUGAGGCUCUACAGAAGGUGAUGGCAGGUGGAUUCUCCCUAAUAGACUUCAAGAACUACAUCAGCGUCAUCGUAGCCUCCCGUUACACCGACAGCUUAGGCAACACUCCAUUUUACAUCAGCAAUAAGGAAAUAUCGGUCUUAGCUGCUUUUGGUUGGGGAGUUAGGGUGGGUGCGCCGUUUUAUGGACGUUUUCUUCAGCUAAUGUCUCGGUUGGAAGAUGCAGGCAUAAUAAGUUACUGGACAGACGAAAUUAUAACAAGGCGAGUGAGAGAAAAUAGGGAGGCGACAGCACCUGAGUUUAUGAUAACCUACAGGAGCAUGUCAGAGAACGACGAAAACCAGGUGGUGCUGGGGCUACACCAUCUACAAGGAGCGUUCUAUGUGUUGUUUCUGGGCUGUGGCGUCGCUCUAAUCACUCUAUUGGGAGAAAACCUCGCCCACACACUCUCCUCGUCUCCGUAACGCUUUUACUAGCAUACCAUAAUUUAGACCAGAAAAGUAAGACCCUGAAGAAUUAGAAGUGUUAUAAAGAAGAGAGAUAUACUAGAUUUAGUAAACAAAAUAACCUGUUCUAUAACCGGAAGUCGUCAAUGUUCGCAAGUUGAUUUGUAUUCGUAAAUGUCAGAAUUGCUGCACACAGUGUAACAUUAAUAUGCAGUUUUCAUACAAGAAUCCAUAACUAAGCUGCACAGUAUGUUAAUAUUGCUCUAUAGACAUGCUAAAUGCCUAUUGUGACGUGACGUGACGUGACGUUGAGUCCCGGGAGAAGAAACCAGCAAUUAUAAACUACGUCAACAACCACAACAAACCAUAGCUAGACCACAUGGGCAUGGAACGUGUGAAGCCGGCUGAAAAGUCAGAGGUGACGUUUCAUGGCGCCACUGGAAACCUGAUCACUGAUUGGGUGUAGAUUCCCGCCAAAAAGUGAUGUGGUGACCAUAGUACACUGGCCAGAGGAGAGGCAGGUUUGACGUGGCUGAGGAAGGUGGAAAUGGUGGAAGGAGUUCAACACACAGAAACGACCUUCACUUGAGUAUACAUUAUAAUGUUGAGAGUGUGUGAGUCAAGGAAAGUGGAGGCAAAGUAGGAUAGAAUAUUGUUUUUGUGUAUUGGAUGUAAUAUUGUGUGUAGGAUAUAAUAUUGUGUUGGGUUUAAUAUUGUGUAGUAGGCUUGAAAUUUCGCAACAUUAUACUGGUAAAAAACGGUGACGUUAUGUAAUGUUCUUUGUAUUGUAUUGGUUGGUGUACCCCAACCCUCGUUUUGGUUUGUUCACUUGUCACUGUAAUUAUGAUUAACGUAACUUGUUUGUCUAAUGAGUUGUGAAUAUUCCCAAAUCGGUUAUUACUUGUAAACUUGUCUUUUGAUUCGUUUGUUGGUACUUGUCAGAUGCCUUAUUUCUUUUGUUAAAUGAAUUUGUAUUUUAAUUUA